CAAAAUCUCAGUAGGCUUCGACUAUUCACCAGGCCUUGUGCUAUGUAUUCAUUUGCCUGAAUCUUCAUUAGAUAUUCGAAUUCAGCUUCGAUAAGGCGUUAAAAUUUUUACACUAAAGAUGAAUCUUACACAUUUGAGCAACCUUUUGAUGGAUCCCAUCAAACGAACGUCUGUGCCCAAUGGUCAGGCUUGGAGCCAGCCUUGGAUCGGUGGAGUUAGGACAGCUGUUGGCACUGGCUAUGCCAGCCAGAUGCAGCAAGUGCGUCGCCACAUGCCCGUUUGUGGACCACCUCGGUUUCGCCUGUCCACCGGCAAGAAGAUCAUACUUGGCUGGAUACCUCAUGUCCUCAUGCUGAGCGUCCCGUUCUGGGCACUCUCCCAAAUGCCCCGCUGGUCAGCGAUGCAUAAUAAUCGGCCGUAUGGCGAUGAUGAAUAAUCCGGAGUAUCGUCGCUACACUAUCACGCCGAUCACACAUACACACACACACCUUGCUCAUUAACACUUCGCACACACUUGUAACAUGCUUAAGACGGUGACUUUCGACACAUACACACACACACACGUAUGGUAGCCUCCUAGACCUCUUAGUACACAAUACAGAAAGGAUCUCUAAUUAAUAUGUACCUAUAGUAAUACAGAACUGAUAGUCCAUUCCACAUAUGUGCAACUAAAACAAAAGCUAACCAAAUAAUUAAAUGUUGAAAAUGAAAAUA